AUGGAGUUGGAUUGUGUUGUAGCUAUUUUAAUUGUAUUUUGUUGUUCUUUCAUUACGCUUCUGGCGAGUGAAGAAAGUAUCAAGAUGGGCAAAUCAAUCACUGGUAAUCAGAAAAUGAUUUCAGCUGGUGGAAAUUUUGCCUUAGGCUUCUUCACUCCGCGUAAUUCUACAUUUACCUAUCUUGGCAUAUGGUACAACACAAUCCCCGAGCAAACGGUCAUUUGGAUUGCUAAUAGAGAAUCUCGAAUUCCUCAGAAUUCUACUGCUGUUUUCACUAUUGGCAAUGAUGGGAAUUUUGUGAUUUUUGAGGUGAAAGAUCAACUUAUUUGGUCAUCAAAUGUUUCAUCCAUAACUUCAAAUUCUACUGUAGGAGCACUGCUAGAUAAUGGAAAUCUAGUGCUCAUACAUGGUGAGUCUGAUAUAUUGUGGCAGAGCUUUGAUCAUCCUACGGAUACGCUUAUGCCUGAUAUGAAAUUUGGUUAUAAUAGAAAAACAGGACAACGAACUCUGAUCAAUUCGUGGACAAGUAAUGAAGAUCCUCGGCCUGGAAAUUUUUCAUUUGGGAUAGAUCCUGAAGGGCGGAUGCGGCGUUUUUAUAUAUUGAAGCAGAACAGUAUUUAUUUUAGGUUUGAUGAUAGUAUUGUAUACUCUGGAGGGAAUAUCGGGGGAAUUGGUUGGUAUAUUUCUGUUGUUUCGGGGAAUGAUGGAGUUUUUGUUACUUAUGGUUAUACCAAAGGAUUGGUAACAUCAAGGGUUGUUUUGCGUCCUAAUGGUUACCUUGAGUUACUGGAAUGGCAUCAAAAUGCUAAUAAGUGGAUAGUUAAACAUCAGGCACCAAAAUCUCUUUGUGAACGUUACGCGGCGUGUGGUCCAUUUGGAAGCUGUGAGGUUAUAUCAAGUGGAUUAUGCAGAUGCUUAACUGGAUUUGAACCAAGAUUUUCAACAGAUUGGGAGAACGGGAAAUGGAAUGAUGGUUGUGUUAGAAAAGUAGCAUUGAGUUGUGAUGGCGGAGACAUGUUCUUGAAAUAUGAUGAGGAUAUGAAGUUUCCGGAUCAUACUAUCUCGUUAGGACAUAUAAGCAUUAAGGACUGUGAAACGCAGUGCAUUAGGAACUGUUCUUGUUCAGCUUAUGCUUAUUCAAAUAACACCUGUUUAAUUUGGUUUGGAGAUUUACUGGACCUUUCCCACAACUUUCCUAGUGGCAGAGUUCUCAAUGUUCGAGUUCGUGGCUCUGAGCCAGUUAGUCAUGGUGGAUCUAGGAAUUCAGCUCACAGACACAAAGUUUUCGUUGUGAUAAUUGUUUCUGCAAUAUCUGUCAUCUUACUUCUUAUAAGUAUUCUUUUCUUUAUCUUCAAAAGAAAGCACUUGAGAAGACAAGGCUGGAAGAAUGGAACUAAAGCUUUCUUUAGGUCCGUGUCUAGUUUAUAUUCAGUUGAAAAUAGCAAUAUGAAGUUGCUGCAGUACAACCUUCAGAAAAUAAGAGAGGCUACUAACAACUUUCAUGGAGAACACAAACUUGGGGAAGGUGGAUUCGGUCCUGUGUUUAAGGGGUUUUUAGCUGAGUUCGGGGACGUAGCCAUCAAAAGGCUAAGCAAGAGGUCAUCACAAGGACUGGAGGAGUUUAUGAAUGAAUUGAAGCUAAUCGCAAAACUGCAGCACAAGAAUCUUGUCAGCCUCUUAGGAUGCUGUGUUGAAGGGGAGGAGAAGAUACUAAUCUAUGAGUAUAUGUCCAAUUGCAGCUUGGACAAAUUUCUGUUUGACCCUUCGUUGAAGGUUACACUCGAUUGGGUUACACGUUUGGGGAUAAUAGAAGGAAUUGCUCAAGGAAUGCUUUACUUGCAUAAGUACUCGAGAUUAAAAGUCAUCCACAGGGACUUAAAAGCAAGCAACAUUUUGCUAGAUCAAGAGAUGAUCCCUAAAAUAUCAGACUUUGGAAUGGCAAGGAUUUUUGGAACUGAUCAAACACAGGCCAAUACAAAUCGAGCAUGGAGUAAGUGGAAAGAAGGAAAAAUCUUGGAGUUGAUUGAUCCGUCCCUAAGAGAAACCUGCGACAAUAACAAAGCAACAAUAUGUAUUCUGGUUGCCCUUCUUUGUGUUCAAGAAAUGCCUGUUGAUCGACCAACAAUGUCUGAUGUAUCUUUGAUGUUAAGCAACGAAACAACGCCUAUCCAUGAACCAAAAGAACCUGCUUUUCGUAGCAGUUGGCAAUCUCAGCAGUUACGUGAUGUAUCCAUAAAUGAGAUGACGAUUACCUUGCCAAUACCGCGAUGAAAUGAUUUAAGUUCUCCUACUUCUUGUGGUAAAUUUUUCUUGUUAGCAUAGAGUUGUCAUAUUUUUUUUUUGUAGAACUUGCAUAAGUGUAGCUCUG